AGACGGAGGGAGGGCGAGAGACGGACGGACGGAGGGAGGGAGAGAGAGCGGGACAGACUUAACUCUUUGUCAGUGUUCUGGUCCAGUGGGCUGUGAUGAUGACGUUACUCUUCCUCCCCCUCCUAGAGAAUCCAGUGUGCUGUGAUGAUGAUGCCGUUACUCUUCCUCCCCCUCCUAGAGAAUCCAGUGGGCUGUGAUGAUGAUGUUACUCUUCCUCCCCCUCCUAGAGAAUCCAGUGUGCUGUGAUGAUGAUGUUACUCUUCCUCCCCCUCCUAGAGAAUCCAGUGGGCUGUGAUGAUGAUGUUACUCUUCCUCCCCCUCCUAGAGAAUCCAGUGGGCUGUGAUGAUGAUGUUACUCUUCCUCCCCCUCCUAGAGAAUCCAGUGGGCUGUGAUGAUGACGAUGAUGACGUUACUCUUCCUCCUCCCUCCAGAGAGUCCAGCGUUUUGUGUGAUGGCCUGAGAGGGCUUCCCAGUCUAGCCUGCCUCCUCUCCCGGGUCCAAACUGUCUGACUGGGACUCCCCCCCUCCCCGCCUGCUACGCCCUGCCUCCGUCGCCAUGGGAGACGGCCUGGAGGCGGGCAGCAGCCUAGAUCCCGCCCCCCGCUCCCUCUCCUGUAACCCCCCGCCCCCCGAGACAUGGAACCCCUCGAGGCCUAAACGACAGACCAACCAGCUACAGUACCUGUUGAAGGUGCUGUUGAAGACGCUGUGGAAACAUCACUUCUCAUGGCCCUUCCAGGCUCCCGUAGAUGCGAUCAAACUCAGCCUGCCUGAUUACUAUCAGAUCAUCAAGGUUCCUAUGGACAUGGGGACCAUCAAGAAGAGACUGGAGAACAGCUACUAUUGGAACGCCCAGGAAUGUAUACAGGACUUCAACACCAUGUUCACCAACUGUUACAUCUACAACAAGCCUGGUGACGACAUAGUGUUGAUGGCAGAGGCUCUAGAGAAGAUGUUUCUUCAGAAGAUCUCUGAGAUGCCCCAGGAGGAGACUGAGAUCCCCAUGGUUACCAAGGGGCGGAGGGCGGGGCAGAGAGAAGCAGGUUUCCUGUCUAAGUCUGACUCCGGCCAGGAUUCAUCUCCCUCCUCCACCCCCCACACCCGAGGUUUCUCCUCCCCGUCGCCGGGCCCUCAGACUCGGGGGUCUCCCCGUAUCCCAGGGGCCCCCCCACCCUCCCCCUCGCCCUCCCCCUCAGACCCAUCCCCCCGCGUUCCCCCCCACCCCUCCCUCCCACGCCCCCAGCUGGGACCCCCUUUCCCCGUCAGCCCUCUGGAUGUCCUGGCCCAGGGCCUCACCCACGUACCCCACCACCCCCAGCCCACCCAGGCCUUCACCCUGCUGCCCCACCCAUCCUCCAGAGCAUUGCACCCCCAGCUAAGCUGGGACCAUCCCCUGACCUUUAACCCCCCCCUGCAGCAGAGGAAGAGCCAGAAGAGGAAGGCUGACACCACCACGCCCACCGCCAACGACCAGCUCAGCGAGUCGUCUCCCGUGGCGACGGAGCCCCCCCGCCCCCGCCGCGAGAGCAGUAGCCGCCCGCUGAAGCAGCCCAAACGAGAGCCUGCCCAGCCCGACUCCCAGCACCACCUGGGGCUAGGCGGGGAGAUCCCUGGGGGCGGAGCGUUAACGAGUCAUAGCGGGAGCCCCAAGCGCCAGGUAUUAUUCUCCUAA